AUGACAGUAAUUUUCUUUUUGUUUUAGCCUGAACUGAUAACUGUAUUAUCAAGCUCUUUAUCUUGUCGUAAAAUAGGUCAGAUUGAAUAUGUAUCUAUCAAUUUAUUAUUACAGUGCUCUGAUACUUAAUAUAAAUUAUUUACUUACGUUUAUAUCAUACCGUACUUACUAAUGAUAUUAUUACUUCCUCUUUUUGCUAUGAAGAAACUUUACAACCAUAGAACUAACUUAGAAUAUUGCACUACUAAAUAUAAAUUUGGGUAUUUCUAUCUAGACUAUAAACCUAAUUUCUACUUUUGGGAAUUUAUACGUAUUUACUUUAAAACUUUCAUAGCCAUUUUCUUCAUCUUAACUAUAUAGUAUAGUAAUAGCUUGACAUAUUUAAUAGUUUGUCUAAUUUUGUCAUUAUAAUUAAUACUGAAUUAUAUUUAUUAGCCUUAUAUUCAAAAGAAAGUUCUUAAAUUAGAUUGCAUAUCAAUUCUAAUACUAAUAAUUAAUAUUGUUCUUUAACAAAUCAGAUAUAUAAAUGAUGCUUAAGGGAUAUUAGUCCUUACACAAAUGAUACAUUUCUUUUUUACUUUUUUUGUUAUAAUUAUUAUUGUUCGUCUAAAAAUAAAUAAUUAGCGCUCAAAAAAAAUAAUAAUAGUAAAAAAUUUCUUUUAAAAGUAUUUACCAAAAAGAGUAUUUGACAUUAUAUUUAUCAAAGAAUAAGACCAUUAAAGAGCCUUAAAACGAUGGAUUAAUAUAAAAAAGAACAUAACUUUUUUAAUAAAAUAAUAAGCUAAAUAAAUUUAACUUAAUUGCGACCUUAUAAUUAGCAAAUAAGUAUCUAAAAUAUAAAAAAGUCCAUCUGAUAUGAAGCAAAUUUUUAAUAAACAAUAGACUGAAGAUUUUACUCCUUUAAAUUAACUCUAGCUAAUUUAAUUUUCAAGUCCUAGAGCUUCUUAUAUUUCAAAUACUUACAGAAACAAGUUUUUUAACUUAAAUAUAGAGAAAAAAGAGUCUGAAUAAUAAAACAAUGAAUAAUAGGAUAAUGAUUUAUAAUCUUAAUUAAGCAGUUAAGAUAUUUAAAAUAGUUAGUAAUAUAAAGAAUAGCCAAAUGACUAAAUAUAAAAAAAUUAAAUAAUAAGUAUGGAUGACAUUAAAUAAAAUAACUGUAUCAAAAAAUGA